UGCAAGCGUCUCCUGCUCCUCAGAACUUCUUUGGGAGCCAUACUGCCGCUCCGGCAUGGCCGUUUCUCUCUCCCUGCAGAGUCUGGGGCUCCUCACGCUCGCAGCGAUCCUCCUGCAGACCAUCGCGGUGGCCGUCAGCUUCGUGUACUUCAACAAGGUCCUGAGCUCGAUGCAGGAGAGCUUCUCCCGCAGCAGCGUGUCCUGCCUCAUGAACGUCAAUCUGCGCUCUGACGUUGGAGAUUCAGCGGCGGAGAAGAAGAGCGACCCCUGCUGGCAGGUUACGCAACAGCUCCACUACCACAUAGAAAAGACGAUGGCUGACAGAUUCCAGAAGGAGAUAUCCACUGCAAUGAGACAUAAGAUGACGGGAGUGCUGCCUUUCCUGAGUACGGGGGUCCGGGGGGUCCCGCUUCCACAAGUCGCUGCCCACGUGACCGGCGUCGUCUCGUCCACGGAGCCUCCGGCGCCGGACGGCCCGCGUGGCAGCAGGGGCCACCUGGGGGAGCGGAUCAGAGAGUGGGAGGGCCACCGGGGUCUGUCCUUCCUGCAGAACAUGGAGCUGAGCGGGGGGGAGCUGCUGGUGCCCCGCGCAGGCCUCUACUACAUCUACGGCCAGACCUACUUCAGACUGCCAUCCACGGGGGAGCCGGACGGGGAGGACGACGAGGCCCAGCUGGUCCAGUACAUCUACAAGAAGAUGAGUUCCUACACGGUGCCCAUCCUGCUGAUGAAGUCUUCUCGGAGCGCCUGCUGGCCCCGGGGUCCGGAGCCCGGUCUCUUCUCCCUGCAUCAGGCCGGCACGGCCUUCCUCCAGCCCGCCGACCGCCUCUUCAUCACCGUCAGCAACGCCAGCGCCAUGGAGAUGGACGGCAGGGCCAGCUACUUCGGGGCCUUCCUGGUGGGGGGGUGA